AUGGAAAACAUCCUCUGCGGACAAGCCGAUGACCCUAGUGGUCAGAAGUGGGAAACAUAUGAUCUCAAACCUGUUGAUUACUUUUAUCCAGAGCGUGACCUGCUCCCAGAGUCUCUUGUCAGUGAAGAUACUUUGAGUAGGCUUGCCGAUACAUUUAAUGACAAAUUAAAUCUCUGGCGAACCGAUUACAACAGAUUCUGGGAAGCAAUUCAGGCCGACACAAAAUUCUUAUGCGAUGCUAAUGCAGUGGAUUAUUCGCUGUUCAUGGUCCGCAUUCCGGCUUCUUCAGAGCCUCUUGUGCCAGGGCGACCAAGUCCCUGGAGGGCUGGAUUGCUGUCUGCAGAUGGUAAAUGGAAGUACCGCGCCGUGAUAUUGGACUUCUUCUGGGCUCGACAUAAGCUCCACGCCCAAGCAAUGUCCGGUCUGAUACAGACUUUCAAUGUUGUUGGUCGGCAAGGCCCCAUGUCUAUAACCACUACCCCGAGUGAGUACCGUGAAAAGUUUCUUAUGAUGAUUGAAGAGAUGAUUCGGGUACACUGA